ACUCCUGUAACUUAUUGCAGUGGAGCUUCUAUUAUAUUCCCCCAAGCGUCCAGUGGUGGACUUCUCAGUUGUGUUCUUGUGGCUAAUGGCUGUGGGAACAAUAAUAGUUGCCUCAUUUUGGUCAAAGAUUACCGCUCCUGAGAAGUCUGAUGAGCGCUAUAAUGAACUGGCAGAAAAGGAAUCUAAUACUGGAACAGCGAAAGAUGAUUCUGAGGACGAAGUCAUGAAUCUUAGCGUGAAGGGUGCUGUGUGUUUUGUCAUAACAGCAUCCGUUUUUCUGUUGCUACUAUAUUUCUUUAUGUCUACGUGGUUUGUCUGGGUGCUGAUCGUACUUUUCUGCGUUGGCGGUAUUGAGGGAAUGCAUAAUUGUCUAUUAAGCCUGAUUUUGAGAAAAUGGAGAAGUGGUGGACAGAAGACAAUAACUUUGCCUCUCCUGGAUGAGGUGUCGAUUCUCUCACUUGUUGUGCUGGCUUUGUGUGUGGGGUUUGCAGUUUUCUGGGUUGUAACACGACGGGCAUCAUAUUCGUGGGUUGGCCAAGAUGUUCUUGGUAUCUGCUUGAUGAUAACAGUCUUGCAAAUUGCUCGAUUACCUAAUAUCAAGGUUGCUACCGUACUACUUUGUUGUGCAUUUGUCUACGACAUCUUUUGGGUAUUCCUGUCACCCUUAAUGUUCAAAGAUAGCGUCAUGGUUGUGGUUGCCAAAGGUGACAAUAGUGGUGAAGGCCUACCAAUGCUCUUGAGAAUCCCUCGCUUUUUUGACCCCUGGGGUGGUCAGAACAUGCUUGGCUUUGGGGAUGUUCUGUUUCCGGGUUUGCUUAUUGUAUUUUCUUACAGGUUUGACAAAGAAAAUAAGAAGCGUGGAAUUAGCGGAUAUUUCCUUUGGUUGGUAAUUGGCUAUGGAAUCGGACUUGGUUUUACGUACCUGGGUUUAUAUCUCAUGAACGGGAAUGGUCAGCCUGCUCUCCUAUAUCUUGUUCCAUGUACACUAGGUGUUACGGUGUUUUUGGGACUGAUAAGGCGUGAGCUAAAACAACUUUGGGAUUAUGGCACGGAGCCAGAGGUAUCGCGAAGUACCGUUGAGCCUGCUGUAGAAGGCACUAGAGCAGUCUGACUGCCCCAUCUCUUCAUAUGAUUGGAGUUGAUGCUGAUCUUCAUAAGGCUUAUGGUGUAAAGAGAUUCAUUUGUUUCUUUUGUACAAGAAUAUGUGCUCAACAUGUGCAGAGAAUACAGUGGUAAAGGGCAGUGCUAGCUUUUAACAUUUCAAGUAUAUCACUUUGCCAUUUGCUGUACUCAUGUAUGUAUAUUAUCCUUUUUUUUUAUAUAAAUAAUUUAAUGGCCAAGACUCAGUUAUUCCUAGUAA